AUGGCGUUUAUGCUCCCAUUCCCUCUUAAGUAUGGGGGUCAUAAAGUUCCCUCUUCUGACAGAGUUGUUGAAAUGACAAAAAACUUGAAAAUUAGUCUCAGCGACAAAAACCGCUUCAAAGAUAGUCAAUUUAGUUCAAGUUCAACUAGGAGAGGUCCCAAGUAUGGAUACUACACGCCAAAUAAUGCCCGCUUGUCUACGAGAAAAAGUCAAAAUAGUGGCGGCGGCUGGUGUGGAAGCCCUAGGAACCCUCAUACUGAUUGGAUUGAGAUUGAUCUUGGUAGAAUGCAUCGCAUCGACAAAAUUGGAACCAAAGGUCUCAAUGGAGGUAACACGUGGGUAAAAUCGUAUGAGUUGAAGUACAGUAAUGGCGGAGAAUUGAAAAGUUAUUUAAGUUUAGAUCAAACUCAUCCAAAGGAGUUUCCAGGGAACACGGACACUGACUCAUUAGUGAUCAACAAGCUGGAGUCAGGAAUAUAUGCAAGAAAAGUGCGGAUUAUUCCCAAAACCUCUAAAUUCGAAACGUGCAUGCGAUUUGAACUUUAUGGAUGCGACUUUAUUGGCAAUAAUAAACAAUAA